AUUGUUGGGGGGUGCGCGCGCUCGUUUCCAUGUCAUUGGCGGCCAGCGCCGGCUGCGAGGGGGACGGAGGGAAAAGCAUUGUCUGUCCCGGGAAAGAGAAGGGAGUCGUUCGCGAGUUGUUUUUUCUUCUUCACUGUGGCUUCCAAGGCAUCGGAAGAGCUGUGGUGAGAUCAGGAGGUGACAACAAAAAUGCAUCGAUUAAGGACUUGUGCUGCUAAGCUGAGGCCAUUGACAGCCUCUCAGACUGCUAAAAAAUUAUCACACAAUGGGCCAGCAGUGUCUAGGACGUUUCAGCAAGGCCGCUUCUAUACGGCGCCUGUGGCAGCUGAGCCCUUUCUGAGUGGGACUAGUUCGAACUAUGUUGAGGAAAUGUACUUUGCGUGGCUUGAAAACCCACAGAGUGUUCAUAAGUCUUGGGAUGUGUUCUUCCGAAAUGCCAACGCGGGAGCACCACCGGGCACAGCUUACCAAAGUCCUCCGCCGUUGGGUACCAGCAUGGCUUCUCUGUCCAGCGCCCAGUCCGUGAUGGUGGCUCAGCCCAAUGUGGACAAGUUGGUGGAGGAUCACCUGGCAGUGCAGUCGCUCAUCAGAGCUUACCAGAUACGGGGACAUCAUGUUGCGCAGCUCGACCCUCUAGGAAUCCUGGAUGCGGACUUGGAUUCGUCCCUUCCAGCUAACCUAGUCACCAGCUCAAACGGACUUGACAUCGCAGUCUGCAAGGAGCGUCUGAAAAGGUUAACAGUAGGAGCAUUUUACGGCCUGGACGAGUCAGACCUGGACAAAGUCUUCCACUUGCCAACCACCACCUUCAUCGGUGGCAACGAAACUGCCCUUCCUCUCCGGGAGAUCAUUCGGAGGAUGGAGAUGUCUUACUGCCAGCACAUUGGAGUUGAGUUCAUGUUCAUCAACGACCUGGAGCAGUGUCAAUGGAUCAGGCAGAAGUUUGAGACCCCGAGCGCCAUGCAGUUCACGAAUGAAGAGAAACGCACCCUUUUGGCCAGGCUUGUCCGCUCCACCAGGUUUGAGGAGUUUCUGCAGAGGAAGUGGUCAUCUGAGAAGCGCUUUGGUCUGGAAGGCUGUGAGGUGCUGAUCCCAGCACUGAAGACCAUCAUCGACAAGUCGAGUGAGAAUGGCGUGGACAAUGUUAUCAUGGGCAUGCCUCACAGGGGCCGUCUGAACGUGCUGGCUAAUGUCAUCAGGAAGGAACUGGAGCAGAUAUUUUGUCAGUUCGACUCAAAGUUGGAAGCUGCGGAUGAGGGCACCGGUGAUGUGAAAUACCAUCUAGGGAUGUACCACCGGCGUAUUAAUCGUGUAACAAACCGGAACAUCACUCUCUCUCUGGUGGCGAACCCCUCUCACUUGGAGGCCGUCGACCCUGUCGUACAAGGCAAGACCAAAGCCGAACAGUUUUACCUUAGUGACACUGAAGGCAAGAAGGUCAUGUCCAUUCUUUUGCACGGCGAUGCUGCGUUUGCGGGACAGGGAAUAGUCUACGAAACCUUCCAUCUCAGUGACCUGCCUUCAUACACCACCCACGGGACAAUCCACGUGGUGGUCAAUAACCAGAUCGGGUUCACGACCGAUCCCCGGGUGGCCCGCUCCUCUCCAUACCCGACGGACGUGGCCCGCGUUGUCAAUGCCCCCAUCUUCCAUGUGAAUGGCGAUGAUCCCGAGGCGGUGAUGUAUGUGUGUAACGUGGCUGCAGAGUGGAGGAGCACUUUCCACAAGGAUGUGGUGGUGGAUUUGGUCUGUUAUCGACGCAAUGGCCACAACGAGAUGGACGAGCCAAUGUUCACGCAGCCCCUGAUGUACAAGCAGAUCAAGAAACAGAAGGCCGUGCUGAAGAAGUACGCAGAGAAGCUCAUCGUUGAGGGAGUGGUGACUCAACAAGAGUUUGAGGCUGAAAUGUCCAAGUACGACAAGAUCUGCGAGGAGGCCUACGCCCGAUCCAAGGAUGAGAAAAUCAUGCAUAUUAAGCACUGGCUCGACUCGCCAUGGCCUGGUUUCUUCACCCUCGACGGGCAGCCGAAAAGCAUGAAGUGCCCCUCUACGGGUCUGAGCGAGGAGACGCUGGCACAUAUCGGGAACGUGGCCAGCUCCGUACCAGUCGAGGACUUCACCAUUCACGGAGGUUUAACCCGUAUCUUAAAAGGCCGUGGCGAGAUGGUGAAAAACCGCACUGUGGACUGGGCCUUGGCUGAGUACAUGGCCAUUGGGUCCUUGCUGAAGGAAGGUAUUCAUAUCCGCUUGAGUGGGCAAGACGUGGAGAGAGGAACUUUCAGUCAUCGGCAUCACGUGCUGCACGACCAAAACGUAGAUAAGAAGACUUGUAUUCCUAUGAACCAUCUCUGGCCAAACCAGGCUCCGUACACCGUGUGUAACAGCUCGCUCUCUGAAUACGGCGUGCUGGGUUUCGAGCUGGGGUUUGCGAUGGCUAGCCCCAACACACUGGUCCUGUGGGAGGCCCAGUUCGGAGAUUUCCACAACACCGCCCAGUGCAUCAUUGACCAGUUCAUCAGUCCAGGCCAGGCCAAGUGGGUCCGGCAGAAUGGGAUUGUCCUGCUGCUUCCUCACGGCAUGGAAGGAAUGGGGCCCGAGCACUCGUCCGCAAGGCCGGAGCGCUUCCUGCAGAUGUGCAACGACGAUCCCGACGUAGUGCCGAAAAUGAUGGAAGACUUUGCAGUGCAGCAGCUGUACGAUGCCAACUGGAUCGUGGUGAAUUGCUCCACUCCCGCCAACUACUUCCACGUGCUGAGGAGACAGAUACUGCUACCUUUCCGCAAGCCGCUCAUUAUCUUCACCCCCAAAUCAUUGCUGCGUCAUCCUGAUGCGAAAUCCAGCUUUGAUAUGAUGCUGCCAGGUACAGAAUUCCUGCGUGGAAUUGUGGAGGAUGGGUCUGCUGCUGAGAAACCAAAGGAAGUUAAAAGACUGCUGUUUUGUACUGGUAAAGUAUAUUACGAGCUGGCAAAAGAACGCAAGAACAAGAACCUGGAAGCUGAGGUUGCAAUCACCAGAUUAGAGCAGCUCUCUCCCUUCCCGUUUGAUGUCGUGGAGAAAGAGGCCAAGAAGUACUCUAAUGCCGAGCUGGUCUGGUGCCAGGAGGAGCACAAGAACCAGGGCUACUACGAAUACGUGAAGCCGCGCAUCCGCGCCACCACUCGCCGUGAGCGCCCGGUCUGGUACGUCGGGCGUGAGCCGGCCUCUGCCCCAGCGACGGGCAAUAAGAACACCCACCUGCAGGAACUGAAGCGAUUUCUGGAGACCAGCUUCAACCUGGAGGCCUUUAGCAACCUCAACAACUAGGACCCAGACUCUGACUCGCUUCGACACCUUAAACCUCCAUCUUCCGUCCUCACUCUUAGGGACUAUGCCGUGCAUGCUACUGAGAUCUAAUUCCCACAACUUGGUGACAGGCUUGUAUCUGCAGCAUUUAUUUCAGAUAGGGGAAAAAACAAAAACUCGAUUCAAUACAGGAAUUAUGAAGCGGGGGAGAAAAGCCGCGUAAAACAGCCCACUGACGUGCUUUACGUUUCACCCCACUCUCCUUUUCAAACAUAUUGUUUAGUUGAACUGAGCAGUUGAAGUAACAAAGGUGUGGUUUGUACAUUUUGUGAAUAAGGAAUUUUUCUAUUUCUGAACUAGCCGUGGGCUGAACUCCCAGUCGAUGGCUGGAUCAUGUUCUGAUUUUAGCUCCUCCUGCCCCCACCGAACACUCCCCGCUCCCUCCUCCUCUCUUUCUCUCCCUCCUCUGCUACCAUGAGUUCUGCCCAAGAUUUGAAGCAAUUUGGGAGAAGGCAUUGCACUUUCAGCGUGUGCCAAAAUCAAAGACUACACUGUAUCCCUCACCUGUGUGUGGAAGAACUUUCUCUCAACAACCACUUCUUGCAGUUGCGCAGUAGGAAAAGCUGAGUUUAUUUAUUUUGGUACAAAUAAAAAAAAAGUUUUCAACUGAAUAUAGCUUCAUCAAUAAAGAGACAUUUUCCUCGUGCAA